CAGGCUUGGAUGCGCCGGGCAGGCUGCGCUCUGUCCUCUGCGCUCCCCGGCGGUUUCGAGUAGCUCCACAGGCUCUUCCCGGUGGCGCUCAGGAGCCUUCGGCCGGUGCGCGACUCGCUGGCUCGCCUGACCGCCCUGCUCGGAGCCUUGCGGCGGCCUGAGCUCCCGCUACACUCUGCCUGGCCUCACGCUGUUUUUGACUCAGUCUCAGGGUUUCUUCGAACGAGGUGGCUUUCUGGCCCGCCCUACCUGACCUAUUUCUGAGGGAGCUUGGCCUUUUCCUCUCUGUUCCAUUGUCAUCUUGGGCCGAGUCGAAUGAAAGUUUCCGAGCUUGAGCCUGGGACAAUGGUGUGCAUUCCUUGUAUUGUCAUUCCUGUUCUUCUCUGGAUCUACAAAAAAUUCCUGGAGCCAUACAUAUACCCUAUGAUUUCCCCUUUUGUUAGUCGCAUAUGGCCUAAAAAAGCUGUACAAGAAUCCAAUGAUAAAAACAAAGGCAAAGUAGACUGCAAGGGUGCCGACAGAAAUGGAUUACCAACAAAAGGACCAACAGGAAUCUAUGAUAAAAAGAAAGACUAAUGCAACUUUUCCAAAGGAUCGCAAAUGUUUUUAAAAUGGACCUGAUGACACAAAGCACCUUCUUUGUAAUUGUCUCUGACUUUUUUCUCUGAAACUAGAAUUUUGGAUAGAGAGUUUAUUUAUCUGAUACUUACUGGGAAAUACAUAGUAUUUAUAUUUAAAAUGUACUUAGUUAUAUUUAAUGACCUCAUUCCUGAGUUCCAUUUUCAUUAUAGUAGCUUUAAUUUCUAUUAUUGCUGUUUUAAUAAUAUGAAUAAAUAGGUUUGUGCCAGUAAAUACUCAGUACUUAAAGUCCUUGGGCCUCUAGCAUUCAUUCAUCCACGUGAAUUUGACUGCUCUUUGCUCUAAUUCUUCAGGUCAUUUUAAUUUGAAUGGAUUAAGUUUUACUGUGAAAUAGUACAGAUGAUAAUGAUGUGAAACUUAAAGAUAAGAUUACUGUCCAACACAAUGGAGCAAUUUAUCUAUGAGAGUAAGUAACUACUGUUUAUUGCUCUGAGAAAGAUGGAAAAGAAGGAUAUAGGAGAAACUUUGAAAAAUGAAACAUCUUUUACAUAAAUGUCUAAUGUAUUAUAAAAUUAUAAUGCUGUUGCAUUCCUUCCAUUCCUACAAAUGCAUUAAACAUUUAAUUUGUGGUUC